UUCCGGGUUGCCGCACGGCCGCGACUCUCGCUGGUGAGCUAAUGUGCUCGGUGUCUUUGGCUAUCUAAACUUCGUGGCUUGGUGACCCAACGGGCUGAUGGCGGCGGACGUGUUGCCACGUGCGAGGUGGCUGUACUGUGGGGAGCGCGACGAGAGCCGCAGAGCUGUACUAGUCCAGUUCACCAAUGGGAAGCUGCAGAGUCCAGGCAACAUGCGCUUUACCUUGUACAAGAGCAAAGACUCCACAAAUCCCAGGAAGAGUCAUCAACGGAUCCUGGCAGCUGAAACAGACAGACUUUCCUAUGUGGGAAAUAAUUUUGGCACUGGAGCCCUCAAAUGCAACACUUUGUGCAGGCACUUUGUGGGGAUUUUGAACAAGACCUCUGGUCAGAUGGAAGUAUAUGAUGCUGAGUUGUUCAACAUGCAGCCACUGUUUACAGAUGAAUCAGUAGAGAGUGAACUGAGUGAACUGGCAUUAGGGAAUCAGAUCAGAACUUACAGAGAAAAGAUGGAUUCUUGCAUUGAAGCCUUUGGUACCACCAAACAGAAGCGAGCUUUGAACUCCAGGAGAAUGAACAAAGUUGGCAGUGAAUCUUUGAAUCUUGCAGUAGCUAAAGCUGCAGAGAAUAUCAUUGAUUCAAAGGGUGUGACUGCUCUGAUCGGUGAUGCCAUCCACGAUGACUUGCAAGAUGAUUCCCUCUACCUUCCUCCCUGCUAUGCUGAUGCAGCCAGGCCUGAGGACGUUUAUAAAUUUGAAGAUCUUCUUUCCCCUGCGGAGUACGAAGCUCUUCAGAGCCCAUCUGAAGCUUUCAGGAAUGUCAAGUCAGAAGAAAUACUGAAGAUGAUUGAAGAGAACAGCCACUGCUCCUUUGUCAUAGAAGCAUUGAAGUCUUUGCCAUCAAAUGAGGAGAGCCGAGAUCACCAGGCACGAUGCAUAUGGUUUCUGGACGCCCUCAUCAAAUUUCGAGCUCAGAAAGUGGUUAAGCGGAAAAGUGCCCUGGGACCUGGAGUUCCACACAUCAUCAAUACCAAACUCCUGAAGCACUUUACCUGCUUGACUUUCAACAACGGCAGUUUACGGAACUUGAUUUCGGAUUCAAUGAAAGCAAAGAUCACCGCCUAUGUGAUCAUACUCGCCUUGCACAUAAAUGCCUUCCAGAUUGACCUGACAGUGUUACAGAGGGACUUGAAGCUCAGUGAGAGAAGGAUAAUCGAGAUAGCGAAAGCAUUGAGGCUGAAGAUCUCUAAAAGAAGAGUGGCUCUGGCACCCGACAGGGAAGAGGAUCACAAACUGGGCACUCUGUCCAUCCCGCUGCCUCCAGCCCAGAAUGCAGACCGCCAGUCAAAGCGGAGGAGAAUUACCUAAUUGUGUGCUUUCCACACAGAGCAUUUUGCUUGCAUUGUAGCCACUGCUUUUCUUCGUUUCCAUUUUUUUUUUAAAGAAAGGAAAAACAAUGGUUUGCUUUGGUGUGCACAUGAAGCCAGCGGCCAGCAUCUCAGUCGUGCUUGUUUUAAGCAGAAACAAAGAGAUGGCCAGAUCAGACUUCCUCUCCAAGUACUGAUGUUGCUGUUAUUAUAAAUGGCAUGUUUUGCUCAUGUUGGUUCACAUGUGGCUUUGAGGGGGCUUGGGGAAGUCACAGUCAAAACAUCUCACCAAACAUUCAAUGCUGAAUCUGGGCCAAAUUAACAGAUGAAGGUUCAUAAAGAGGAAUGUGAAAUUUGUGCUGAGGUCUGGAGGGACCAGUGGAGUCCACGGUGAGGAGGAUGUAGCCUAGCAGGGCUGGAAGAGGGAGCGUCAGGCUUUAUCAGUAGCUCACUGUGGGUCACCAGUGUGAUCGGGCCAAGUUGGAGGCUGCUGUACCAAGGUGGAGCCAAAUCAAAAGAAGUGAUUGUCCCAGUGGCUCUGCAUAGCCAAGUUCUUGUUAAGGGGCAGGGGCCACCUCUGAAAGCCACUUUUGAGUGGUAUGAAUCAGAAUCAGUCAGGGUUCUGUUAAAAAAACAAUUGUUGCAGGUAUCUUAAGAAGAAGGAGAUUUAAUUUGUGGGUAAAGUGCUAUAAAAUUGUUGGAAGGGCUAGAAGAGUGGGAAUCAGGAGGUUGCCGCUAGAACUACUGAAUUCAAGAACACACUCCUGGGGUUGCCGUCCACAGAUCAAGAAGCUACUUAGGCCACCACAACUCAUUCUCAAAUUUGUGAAGCUGGUGACUCAACUCUGGAAUGCAGAGUUCAGCCACCCAAACUUUCAGUUCCUGUGUAUCCAUUCCCUUGCUUGUCAGUACACACAGCCUAAAGACUGGGAAGUUGGCUUCCCUCUUCCUUCUUGUGUGAGUACAUAUGGGAACCUAAUUUGCUUCUAGAAUCCUGGCAGCAAGGCAGUCUUGGAAAUAGGUUUCAGCCCUGCAGCCUCUGCAGUUACUGGAGGGCAUAGGAGAAGGAGGUGGGAACGGAUGCUGAAUGCCAGUCAAGCUUGUCUGCCACUGGUGAGAUGGAGCAAUAGUAUAUAGAGGAGGGCCAUGAGGUUGGGACUGUGACAUGGAGAGACUUAUGUAUGUGGCCAGCACUUGCCCUCUGAUCUUCACGCCUCUUCCAAGGCAGUGGGAGCAGGUGUCUGGUGCUCAGCACUGAGGAGUCCAGACCAGUGAAGGAAAGAAGGCAGAGUUCAGUUUUCUGAAAGUGAGGAAGGAAGAAGUUCACACAGCAGCUGGGCCAUCCAUUAAGGGAAGCCAUGGUGGAAAUGGGUCUUGGAUGAGCAAUGAGGGUUGGAACAUGUGAUCAUCUCAUUUCUUCGAGUUCUGGGAUGCUGUUGUUAGAGCCAUGCCUAAAAUGUGUACUCACCGUGCUCUGUGCUUUGUCUCCUUUUGUCUCUGAUUCUGCGUGUGGCACAUACCACACUUUCCAGCAGGGGUGUGGGCAGGAAAUCCAAACGCCUCUUGUUUUCCUUUAUCUAAACUGCUGUGAAAAUCAGUUAUUGGAACUGUAUUGUAAAAAUAUUCUGAUUUAUCUCUGGGAAAAGGAAUCCUAAUAUGCUUGUAGGGUAGAAUGUGUUAUCGUGAAUACUUUUUCAAUUCUGAUGGGUUUGACACCUUAAGGCUUAAUUUCCAGCAAUGACCAGACCACAGCCUGUGAGUGGGCCCCACUGAACAACCUCCGUCCUCGUGGGGAAACAGUCUGUCUUCAGUCACUCACACAAAGAGGGAUGGUAUUGGUGGGAGAGUGUAGACAGCAGAUAUACCUCCUAAGGUAGUGAUGCGUUCCUAAAGGUUGACUGAAAAGCAGAUUUCUGUACCUCGAGAGGUUUGGGGGUCCUUAGGGAAGGCUCAGAAGAGGACCCUUAUUCAAAGUGAAUGUGUCUUGUGAGAACACCUCGCAUACCGCGUGACAUACAAGUGGUCCGUGUCUGUUCAAUGAGUCCUAGUAAAUGAACUGCAUUUUCUUUCCUUGGCAGGGUUAUUAGGCAGCAAACAUUUGUAGAAUAAUGAAGUUGUCUUUGGUUUCUUCUGGCUCUAAAAGAACGUUUAUUUACCAGUACAUUCACAGAGGGCACCUUGACCUACCAAGUUAUUUGUCAGACUGUCUCCCGAUGUCCUUGUUGAGGAAAGGGAGACUGUAGGCUGGUGGCUCGUGCCCUUAAUAAGAUGUGGAGUUUGUGAAUAGCCUUAGCCUAUGGGCGUUGAGGAAGGAGCAGAAUGAAGUCAGUUCCCUGGGGGGACGUCUCUGCCUGCAGCCCAGAUCUGUUGGACGCCGUUAACUGAUGAGGUCAAGGAAAGUAUAUUUAACACUAUUUGCAGAGGACCCUAACCUGGAAAGAGCUAAUUAGAUACCUUUUUUUCUUUUUUUAAGUUUCCAUGUUAAAAAAAGUUUAAUACUGUUUCACACAGUAGAGAAAAAUUAUAAGAAUAGUACAAAGAACUUCUGUAUACCCUU